UCCCUGUCAGCAGCCAGAAGAAAAUCAUACGAAUUAGAAAAAAAAAUUAAAAAAAAAAGAUGCGUCCUUUGACCUUAAGAAGAUGCAUCUCCCUCUCUCACAUUUUCUGAUCAUCAUCAUUUUCAUGGUUACUGCUAUUAUUAGCAACCUAAUUCCUUCUAGAUUCUCCAUUUUUAUUCUUUAAUCACCAGAUCCAUAUACACAAAAAGGAUGAAGACUAUGAUGAUGGUGAUGAUUAUGGUGUCUAUAACCAUGGCAGCACCUUCACCUUCACCUUCUCCUUCUUCUCCUUCAACAUGCCCCAUCGACUUUAGCUAUGUUAAGAGAGUUCCAUGGAACCCUUCAGCAUGUGAGAAUUUCCACUCUUUAUCAUCGAACUUGAGCAACUGUUGCACCUCGCUCUUAUCUCUAAUCGGAAUAGGAUUCGCGCAGUAUCUUAAAGCAACUACAAAUUUCAACCUCCCAAACCUUGAAACCUCAACCUCAUGCGUCCAUGAUUUCCAGUCUCAGCUCAAUUCCUUAUCUCUCCAAAACAACCUCGUUGACUUGUGCUUUGACCCUCACCAGUUCGUCAUGUCCCGAAACGUCUGCGCAGGAAUUGAAACCCUAAAAGAUUGGGACAAGAAGCUUGGUCAAAUCACGCCUCUUGAUACUAGUUGCAAACAAGACCUCACUGAUCUUUCGCUAUGUGAUGUGUGUCUUACUGCGGGGUUUCAGGUGCAGCAUAAACUUGUCUCCAUUGAUGGUAAUGCUUCUCACUCUGAAAAUUGUUUCAAGUUUACUAUUCUAUAUGCUGCUGCCUUUGUGAAUCAGUAUGGACCUGAAAGCAAUGGUGCCAUGAGUUGCAUCUUUGGUAUGUCACUUUACACACAGGGUGGUGGUUCUGGUGGGAAAAGUCACCAGGGUUUGGUUUUUGGGUUAACUGGUGCUGGUGUUGCUUUGUUAGUUAUGUCUUGUUUGUUAGGGGUUUAUGUUUGGUAUGAUAGGAAGGUUAGGAGGAAGAAGCUUAAUGAUGAUGAAUUUGACUUUGAUCCUGAGGAACAAGGGUCUAGGCGUAGGUUGAGGCCGAAUACAGGAUCUAUUUGGUUCAAGAUUGAUGAGCUUGAGAAGGCUACUGAUAAUUUCUCAACCAAGAAUUUCAUUGGCAGGGGUGGAUUUGGGCUUGUUUUCAAGGGGGUUUUGUCCGAUGGUUCCAUCGUGGCAGUUAAGAGGAUCUUGGAAUCUGAUUUUCAAGGGGAUGUGGAGUUUUGUAAUGAGGUGGAGAUUAUUAGCAACCUGAAGCACCGGAAUCUGGUGCCCCUUCGAGGCUGUUGUGUAGUGGAUGAUGAUGAUGAAAAAUUUAAUGACAGGGGAAGCCAGAGGUUUUUGGUUUAUGAUUACAUGCCGAAUGGAAACCUUGAAGACCAUCUGUUUCUGGUGAGUGAGCAGCAAAAGUUGAAGAAAUCGCUGACUUGGCCUCAAAGGAAGAGCAUAAUCUUGGAUGUGGCAAAGGGGCUGGCUUAUCUUCACUAUGGAGUCAAGCCUGCAAUUUUUCAUAGGGAUAUAAAAGCAACCAACAUAUUACUUGAUGAAGACAUGAGAGCCAGAGUUGCGGAUUUCGGGCUUGCUAAACAAAGCAGGGAAGGCCAAUCUCAUCUCACUACAAGAGUAGCUGGAACUCAUGGAUAUCUAGCUCCGGAAUAUGCUCUUUACGGUCAGCUUACAGAGAAAAGUGAUGUGUAUAGUUUUGGAGUUGUUGUUUUGGAGAUAAUGUGUGGGAGGAGAGCCCUUGACUUGUCUUCAGCAGGAUCGCUAAAGGCAUUCUUGAUCACGGAUUGGGCUUGGUCAUUGGUGAAAUCAGGGAACAUAGAAGAGGCAUUGGAUGCUUCUUUGUUGAAGGAUGACAGCUUUGGAAGUUCAAAUCCAAAGAGCAUAAUGGAAAGGUUUUUACUUGUGGGAAUUCUAUGCUCACAUGUGAUGGUUGCUCUGAGGCCAACAAUUUCUGAUGCAUUGAAGAUGCUGGAAGGUGAUAUUGAGGUUCCUCAAAUCCCGGAUCGGCCAAUGCCGCUCGGACACCCUGCUACAUUUUACGGCGAUGGCUGCAGCACUUUCAGCAUAUCUCCGGCCUUAAGUGGCCCCAAGUUGCAAACUGGAGACAUGCUCAGGUAAUUGUAAUCAAGACUCAAGAGUGUACCUUAAUUAUUCCAAGCAUGACUAGAAAAGGUGAAAGGUGGAAGAAAAUGUUUUCCAUUCUUUCCAUGGCUUCAUUUGAGGUUAAGAAACAGAUGAGAAUAGUCUUUCUUUACUGAAGAAAAUUAUAAUGCCAUGCCAAACAUGAAAAAACGUAGAAGCUGGCAAGGCAUCAUUAGAUUUUGGUAUCUCUUUAGACCACUUAAAUAGUCGGGAAUAGGUGUUGUAUUAUAGCUUUUCAAUGGAAAAUUCUGUUGUAACUUAGAAGAUUUCCAAUUUUCAAUUUGGUUUUCAUCUAAAUUUUCCUGUAAAGCAAAAACAAAUAAAGGCAUAUAUAUGUAUAUAAAUAAAAUUGUUGAUUUGACUGUAA